AUGUCUUCUUUCAAAAUCCUCGCCACCUCGCUUUUCCUCGCUGCAGGAGCCAUCGCCAGUCCUGUCCAGUCCGAUGGCAUUAGCCUCGUGCCCCGACAACGAUGCAGCGGUGCCAUAGGAACCAUAUACACUGGUACCGCGUGCUUUAACUUUUCCGGGGAUGAAAUUGAAGUAUGUGCAAGCAGCGUUACAUGUCGAAACACGGACGAUAUAACCGGAACACUCGGUAUCGGAUCGAUCGAGCUUUCAAGUAACGCCUGCGAGAUUAAGAUUUUCAGCGAGCUUGACUGCGGAAAUCCACGUCGCCGUGUUAACAUGCGGACUAUCUGGAGCACUCUCCUGCUGCCCUCGCUCCUCGGUGGGGUUCAAGGAGCAGCAGUAAAGGUGCCUCGCAGUGAAUAUUCAUCGAAGAUAGAAGUUAUUCGUAACCCUAACUACCCGCUUGAUGCCGUCGAUAAGUUAGAAGAGGCUACCAUGCCCAAGGUUGAAGCAUGGCUAGCUAAGAAGGUCGCUACGGAGACGAACAACAACUGUACGCUAGAAAAUGCGAUCGUACGGAGGGAAUGGAGUGACCUUUCCGAGGAAUCAAGACAGGAAUAUGUCGCCGCCGUCAUGUGCUUGAUGAAGUUACCUCCUACAGUGGACAAGGAGAGGUUCCCUGGAGCCUUAAGUCGAUACGAUGAUUUUGUCGCGUAUCAUAUGACACACGCCAUGCAGCUUCACGAUAACCUACACCUGUUUGGCGCACACAAGUACUAUGUCUGGCUCUUUGAGAAAGCGCUUCGCGAGGAAUGUAACUAUACCGGUUACCAGCCUUACAUGAACUACGACCGCUAUUCGGAAGAUCCUCUCAACUCCCCCCUCCUCAAUGGUAAUGCAUCCAGUUUAGGAGGCAACGGUGUUCUAGAGCCUACCUACAAGGGUGUUUCGCAGCCCGGACGUACUCCCAACAUCAAGUCGGGAGGUGGUGGAGGCUGUGUCACUGAAGGACCUUUCUCGGACAUGGUCGUCAGCCUUGGCCCUACCUCAAUGUCAACGGCGACCGGUAUCGCCAAGAAUCCAAGACCCGACGGCACCGGCUCGAACCCGCGCUGCCUGCGCCGCGAUGUCAACCGCAAUGCGGCCAUGGGGGCCAAAGCCGACCGUGCUUUCCAUCUGAUCAACGAAAACAAGGAAAUGGAUGGCUUCUACAACGAGCUUCUAGGAACCCCACCACCGAAGAACGACCCCUAUCCCUGGGACCCGGGUGGUGAUCCAUUCACCUCGCCCGGCGACCCGCUCUUCUACUUCCACCACACCGCACUCGACCGUCUAUGGUGGAUCUGGCAGAUGCAGGACCCGGAGAAUCGCCUCAACGCUGUCCCAUCUGGCAACAUGUCCAUGCCGAUGCACAAGAACCGACGAGCGGACGACCCUAUGGACCCCAUGGAGACUAUGGUUGAUAUGGAGUGGCUUGGGCCCCCGAUUAAGCUUGGAGAGACGCAUGACCAACUCGGCGGAUACGAUGGUGCUUUCUGCUAUGUCUAUGUUUAG